AAUAAGGAGACUAAUUAUCUUAAUUUAUUCCAUAAUUAUUUUAAUUAUUAAUUACUUCCUUCUUUCUUGCCUAUUAUCAGGUCUAGGGGUGGGAGUGUUCCCAAGUCCCGAAGGCAGGCUCUGCCCCCGGCAUGCUCCUGUGACUCACCAGGUUCAUCUUUAUCUCUUCCCACACCUUUCAUAACAAGACUUCCUUGAAGCUGCAUCAUUGCUUCUGGGGAUACAUUGACUGCUAAAGUCCUCACAACUAAAACUGAUGGCAAUGAGAGUGAGAUUUGAUUAAAGAGAUACACCAGUUCUUCUGGCCCUGUUUCACAUUUCCCCAUGCAAGAUUGAAUGACAGGGAAGGAAAAAUCUCAGGACAAAACAAACCCACCCGAUUUUGAGCUUUCUAGAGAUGAGGAAGAUCACCUGGAGAAGGUCACAAUUCCACCCGAGAACGAUGAUUCCAAGUGCAUUUCAAUUUUUUGCUCUGCAUGUCAACAAACAAUAUAUCCGUACCACCUUCAUCAUCAUAAAAAAACCCACAAAGCCCUAACUUUGCUGGGCUUUGAUAGCCCACAAACAAAGACUGACAACAAAACACUUUUGGCUCAGAGACAGAAACUAAUUUCAAAAUUGACCAAGAUUCCUAAAUAUUCUGAGACACAUAGGCAGAAGAUUGAUUAUUCAUUUGAAUUCCUUAUGGAUAAUCACACUCCUACAUCACAUUGUGAUCUUGCUAAUAUUAACAAUCCUAGCACUUUUAAGAAAGUAAGUAAUUCCUUAAUAAAAGCAUUAUCUAUUUGCCAAGAUAAAAAUUCCACAUGGCAGGGAGACAUGGAAGACAGAUUUAUUGUGCUUGACAACUAUGGAAAUAGGUCAGAUACAUGUUUUCUGGGGUUAGUUGAUGGCUCUCACGGUGUGACAGCUGCAGAAACAGUUGCAGCAGAGCUCCCACUUUUAUUUCUUGACCAGCUUGCUCAAAUGGAUUCCUCCUACAAAAAGAGUACGGAUGAACAGCAAAUUCUAGAUUCUUUUGCCACAGUAAUCAAGGCAGAUUACAGGGAAAGAGAGAAGAUUUUCUCUGAUAAACUAGGCAAUGACGAGACCAACAAGACCAAUACUUACGAAUGGAUUCACAAAGCGUAUGCCAAGUCCUUUUGGAGAAUGGAUAGACUUUUACGACUGGGAAGGAACGAGGUUUCCAAAGUUCGCUGGAGUGGCUGUUCAGUGGUUACCUGUUUGGUGGAAAGAAUCCCCAGCGAAGAGACAGAUGGCACUGAGGAAGAAGGAAGAAAACAUUCUGAAAACACCACACUUAGUCCAUUAACCAGGACAGCCAAAGGUGCUGCUGGGUUACUGCACAUUGCUAAUACAGGUAAUGCACAUGCAGUCUUAUGUAAAAAUGGAAAGAGUCACUGCCUCUCAAAAGAGCACAGCACUUCUAAUGUAAGCGAGAGAAAACGCAUACUUCAGAAUGGUGGAAACAUCAGCACUAAUGAACCAGACGGAUUAGUAGAGGGGUACCUGAGAACUACAAGGGGUCUUGGACAUCACGGAAACCCAGUACUGAAAAGAUCUGUUAUACCUGUACCUCAUACCAUAUCUGUCUGUAUUGAUGACACUUGUCAGUUUCUUAUUUUAGCUUCUAAUGGGCUUUGGGAGGUUUUGGAUUACAAUGAAGUACUUGCGUUAACUCUAAAAACAUUCACUCAUUAUUUGAGAAUGUAUGAAUGUGUUCAACAAAACGGAACUUCUCCAUCUAAGUGUCAGUAUUUGAUGCCCCUCACUGAAGACAACUUAAAUGACUCAAAGGCUAUUAAAGAUCUGCAAAAUGGAAUACAGAUACUGUAUUCCAAUAAACGCAUUUUCCACACUGACUCAAAAGGCAACCUGAAACAAAAUAAGCCAAAAUGUUCUAGGAGGAAGUAUCUGCAAAGUGAAGAUGGAGUUCCUAAGGAAACUGAUGACCACAAAAAUCAAGCUGAUCCAGAACUGUCUCUCUUCAGUAACAAUGAAGUAAAUUCACAUAACACAGAGAUAAAACAGUCCGAUUCUAGCACACAAGGUGGCUCUGAAGAACUGAAACAGUUUGAGGACAGAAGAGUUUAUCUAUGUAACAGUUUUCAGCCACAGUCACAGACUGCAGAGCAAGAAGAAACAGGCACUGACACUUUCUGUGCAACAGGUCCAAACAUGAAACAGCCCCCCAAAGAUACAAAACCAUGCCUAUCUAAUUACGACUCAGGUCCACAACUGGCAGAAAAAAUGGACUCCAAGAUAUUUUGUGACAAACCUGCAAGUUACGCUGCUCAAGAACUGCUACAGACUGUAUCACCGGUGGCUUCUAAACCACCACCACAGUUUGAAGAGGACACAAAAACGUACCCGUCCAAUUGCGAACCACAAACGGCAGGAAGAGGCAGAGUCACCUCUGAGACGCUCUAUGACAACGCAGCAAGCUACAUUAGUGAACAACUGGUAAAGACUGCAUUAGCUGCAGGUUCAAGAGAUAAUAUUACUAUUUUGAUUGUACUUCUAAAUGGAUGCGAUAAGAUACCCAAUUACCUCACCAUUUAAAAAUUUACCAUAGGAUAACUGGAGUGCCACAGUCCAUAUAGUACAAGCUUAUAUUUAGCUGUGUCAUAUAUUUACUUGUAAUCACCUUAAAUGCUGACCCAUAUAGUGAAUCACACAUCUUGUCUGGAACUGUGCAAAUGCAAUAAAACCUUC